UUGAGUACAUGAUCCUCGCCACCAUCAUCGCCAACUGUAUCGUCCUGGCCCUGGAGCAGCACCUGCCUGGAGAGGACAAGACCCCCAUGUCUAAGAGACUGGAAAAGACAGAGCCUUACUUCAUUGGGAUGUUCUGCUUUGAAGCUGGGAUUAAAGUGGUGGCAUUGGGAUUUGUAUUCCAUAAAGGCUCCUACCUGAGAAACGGCUGGAACGUCAUGGAUUUCAUUGUGGUUCUGAGUGGGAUUCUGGCCACAGCGGGAGCUCACAUGAACAUCCCAGUGGACCUGCGGACCCUGAGGGCCGUCCGUGUGCUCAGACCCCUCAAACUGGUCUCUGGAAUCCCCAGCCUGCAGAUAGUCCUGAAAUCCAUCAUGAAAGCCAUGGUGCCGCUGCUCCAGAUUGGCCUGUUGCUCUUCUUCGCCAUUCUCAUGUUUGCCAUCAUCGGCCUGGAGUUCUACAGCGGGAAGCUCCACAACACCUGUCUGCCCAUGCCCAAUAUCCUAGAGAAUGAGACGGUGGACAAGUCUGAGUCAGAGUUCCCGUGUGGGGUAAGGAAGUGCCCUGACAAGUACACCUGCCAUGACACCUGGAUCGGCCCCAACGACGGCAUCACCCAGUUUGACAACAUCCUGUUUGCUGUGCUCACUGUCUUCCAGUGCAUCACCAUGGAGGGCUGGACCACCGUGCUCUACAACACCAACGAUGCUUUAGGCCCCACGUGGAACUGCAUGUACUUCAUCCCUCUGAUAAUCAUUGGCUCCUUCUUCGUGUUGAACCUGGUAUUGGGAGUGCUCUCAGGAGAGUUUGCCAAAGAGAGGGAGCGGGUUGAGAACCGCAGGGCGUUCAUGAAGCUGCGGAGGCAACAGCAGAUUGAGAGGGAACUCAAUGGCUACCGGGCCUGGAUCAACAAAGCAGAGGAGGUGAUGCUUGCAGAGGAUAAUAAGAAUUCAGGACGGUCUGCUCUUGAUGUGCUGAAGAGGGCCACACUCAAGAGGAGAGGAGGACUGGACCAGCAGUAUAGUGACAUCUCUUCUGUGGGCAUCCCGAUGACCAGAGUCAGCAUCAGGAGUGCUAAGAGAGGACCCAAGGCUUAUUUGAAGCGUAAGGAGCGUCUGCUGCGGAUCUCUAUCCGCCGCAUGGUGAAGACACACAUCUUCUACUGGACUGUACUGGGCCUGGUGGCCCUCAACACAUUCUGUGUUGCCAUCGUCCAUCACAACCAACCCCACUGGCUGUCUGUGUUCCUCUACUAUGCAGAGUUCCUCUUUCUGGGUCUGUUUCUCGCUGAAAUGUGUUUAAAGAUGUACAGCCUGGGACCCAGACUCUACUUCCACUCCGCCUUCAAUCGCUUCGACUGCUGGGUGAUAGUGGGAAGCAUCUUUGAGGUGAUGUGGGGAUUUUUCAGGCCUGGCAUGUCCUUUGGCAUCAGUGUGCUGCGUGCGCUCCGUCUGCUGAGGAUAUUCAAGAUCACCAAGUACUGGGCGUCGCUGAGGAACCUGGUGGUAUCCCUGAUGAAUUCUAUGAAAUCAAUCAUCAGCCUCAUUUUCCUCCUCUUCCUCUUCAUCCUGGUCUUUGCUCUGCUGGGCAUGCAGCUCUUUGGUGGGAGGUUCAUCUUUGAAGACUACACUCCUACAAACUUUGAUACUUUUCCUGCAGCCAUCAUGACUGUAUUUCAGAUCCUGACAGGAGAAGACUGGAAUGAGGUGAUGUACAAUGGGAUCCGCUCCCAGGGAGGAGUGAAGUCAGGAAUGUGGUCCUCCAUAUACUUCAUUGUACUCACACUCUUUGGUAACUACACGCUGUUGAAUGUUUUCUUGGCCAUCGCUGUGGACAAUCUGGCCAAUGCCCAGGAACUUACCAAGGAUGAAGAGGAUGAAGAGGCUGCUUUCAAUCAGAAACAUGCUCUCCAGAAAGCAAAGGAAGUAGGGGCCAUUUCUUCCCUGAUGUCAUCAGACAGGAGGAAGAGACCCUACCUGUAUAGGAAAAGAGCGAUACACAGGAGCCGGCCUGCCUACUCUCUGAAGGAGGUUGAGAGCCUCGCCAUGGGGCCCCCAUGCCCGCCACUGAAUUCCUCUAACUCUUUCAUGUCCAGGAGGGAGAGGAGUAGACGGUUGACCAUGUCUGUGUGGGAGCAGAGAACCAGCCAACUGCGCAGGCACCGGCAUAUGUCCAGCCGAGAGAUACUCUUCAGCAACCCCAAUGAGGAGCAGGAAGCGCCCCCUGGCUGUCCCCACCACCUCAAAGCAACAGGCAGCCUGAAGCUGCCUGUUCCCACAGCUGACCCUAAGGCCUUCACAGCUAAGCCCCCAAAGCCCAUGGAGAUGCCCCUAGAGGAACCAGCCCUGUCCAUGAGUGUCCCUGAGCUCCACUUAUCCAGCCCUUUAGCAGAGCCACCCGAUCCCACUGACACGCCCCUGCCUGACCCCCCCACGUCCACAGCUGUGUUCAUACCGGAGCCUACAGAAUCUGAGCCAUGCCCAGAGGGCAAGCGUGGCAUCCCCAACCACUGCCACCAAGGCCUCAAUGGCCGCAGGAGCCCCUGGUUGAAUGGGGAGAGAAGGCAGAGAGCGGUGCGUAAGUUCCGCCCUCCUGCUAGUGACACCCUGUCCAUUGACAUGGAAGGCUUGUGGCUCAGGAGGCCACAGGGCACAGGGCACUGUGAGGCUCAGGCUGGGGCCAGAGGCCUGGACUCACCUCAGGCCUCGGAGGGCAGUAGUCGCUCUGUCAGCAUGGAGAGGAAGACCCCAGAGGACCCAGUGGAGGAGGUGAGGAAAGACGGUAACGAGGGAGAAACAAGCCAGCCUUCCAAGACCAGGGAGGCUGAACACAGACAGAGGGACCAUGAUCAGAGUGGGGGUCCUGAGCUGCAGAACAGGGAGGAGGGUCUACAGUCAGGUCCACCCACACUGCAGCCAUCUCAGGCUGCAGUACUGGCGCUACCAGAGGGCCCCACAGGAGACAGUGAGACCGAUAGCAACGCCACCACUCUGAACCAGUCCCCUCUGAGCUCCAGUAUCGUCAUCGAGGUGACCGAUGUCCAGUCGUCACUAGAGCUCACCCCCAUCACAGGCAACAGUAAAGACGUGGAGGCAUCCAAGCCUGAGAAGGACGAGGAAGAGGUGGCCAGCCCAGUCAAUACUGUCACACCUGACAGUAUGUUCAUCUUCAAACCUGACAACCCGAUCCGCCGGGCCUGUCACUAUGUGGUGAACCUGCGUUACUUUGAGAUGUGUAUCCUGCUGGUGAUCGCUGCCAGCAGUAUCGCCCUCGCUGCAGAGGACCCCGUUUCAGCCACCUCCGACUGGAACAAAGUUUUGCGUUACUUUGACUACGUGUUCACAGGUGUCUUUACCUUUGAAAUGAUAAUAAAGAUGAUAGACCAGGGCUUGAUUCUUCAUGAUGGCUCCUAUUUCCGGGACCUGUGGAACAUUCUAGACUUUAUCGUGGUGGUCGGCGCUCUGAUGGCCUUCGCCCUCACGAAUGUGCUGGGAAAUAAUAAAGGACGGGACAUCAAAACCAUCAAGUCUCUUCGGGUGCUGCGCGUCCUGAGGCCCCUGAAGACCAUCAAGAGACUACCGAAACUCAAGGCAGUGUUUGACUGUGUGGUGACCUCUCUGAAGAACGUCUUCAACAUCCUCAUCGUCUACAAGCUCUUCAUGUUCAUUUUCGCUGUCAUCGCUGUGCAGCUGUUCAAGGGGAAGUUCUUCUACUGCACUGACGGAUCCAAAGACACAGAGAAGGACUGCCAGGGCUUCUACAUCAACUAUGAGAAAGACAAGCAGGAGGUGAAGAGGAGGGAGUGGAGGAGACAUGACUUUCACUAUGACAAUAUAGUCUGGGCCCUACUCACUUUGUUCACCGUCUCCACUGGGGAGGGCUGGCCACAGGUCCUGCAGCACUCUGUGGACGUGACAGAGGAGGACAGAGGACCCAGCCAGGGCAACAGGAUGGAGAUGUCCAUCUUCUAUGUCAUCUACUUUGUGGUCUUCCCCUUCUUCUUCGUCAACAUAUUUGUGGCUCUCAUCAUCAUCACCUUCCAGGAGCAGGGAGACAAGAUGAUGGAGGAGUGCAGCUUGGAGAAGAAUGAGAGGGCUUGCAUUGACUUUGCCAUAAGUGCCAAACCCCUGACCCGCUACAUGCCUCAGAACAGACAGACGUUCCAGUACCGCCUCUGGCACUUUGUGGUCUCCCCCUCCUUCGAGUACACCGUGCUGGCCAUGAUUGCGCUCAACACCAUUGUCCUGAUGAUGAAGUAUUACUCAGCCCCACCAGUGUACGAGGCUGUGCUGAAACAUCUGAACACAGCCUUCACUGUGCUCUUCUCUGUGGAGUGUGUCCUCAAGAUCAUGGCCUUUGGCUUUCUGAACUACUUUCGAGACACUUGGAAUAUAUUUGACUUCAUCACGGUUUUGGGCAGCAUCACAGAAAUAGUGGUAGACCUGCAGUCAAUUGAGACCUUCAACAUGGGUUUCCUGAAGCUGUUCCGAGCUGCUCGACUGAUCAAGCUGUUGAGGCAGGGCUACACCAUCCGCAUCCUGCUCUGGACCUUUGUCCAGUCCUUUAAGGCUCUCCCCUACGUCUGUCUGCUCAUUGCCAUGCUCUUCUUCAUAUAUGCAAUCAUCGGAAUGCAGGUUUUUGGAAACAUCAGACUGGAUGAGGAGACUCACAUCAACCAACACAACAACUUCAAGACCUUCUUUGGUGCUCUGAUGUUGCUAUUCAGGAGUGCCACGGGGGAGUCGUGGCAGGAGAUCAUGCUGUCAUGUUUAGGGGGGCAGAAGUGUGAGCCAGACCCCUUAGCUCUAACGUCAGACCAUGAGGAACACUGUGGAACUGAGUUUGCCUACUUCUACUUUGUUUCCUUCAUCUUCUUCAGCUCAUUUCUGAUGCUGAAUCUGUUUGUGGCUGUGAUCAUGGACAACUUUGAGUACCUCACCCGGGAUUCUUCCAUCUUGGGGCCUCAUCAUCUGGAUGAGUUUGUUCGUAUCUGGGGUGAAUACGACCGAGCUGCUUGUGGAAGGAUUCACUAUAAGGAGAUGUACACAGUAGUACGCACUAUUUCCCCUCCCCUGGGCUUUGGAAAGAACUGCCCCUACACCGUGGCCUGCAAGAGGCUGGUGCUGAUGAACAUGCCCGUGGAUGAGGAGAUGUCUGUUCACUUCACCUCCACCCUCAUGGCCCUGAUCCGAACUGCCCUGGAGGUCAAGAUAGCCAGAGGAGGGGAGGACAGGGGGCAGAUGGAUUCAGACCUACAGAAGGAGAUCAGUAUCAUCUGGCCACACCUUUCUCAGAAGACGCUAGACCUGCUCGUCCCCAUCCACAAAGCCAAUCAUAUGACCAUUGGGAAGAUCUAUGCAGCUAUGAUGAUCAUGGACUACUACAAGCAGAACAAAGCCAAGAAGCUCAGGCAACAGCUGGAGGAGCAGAAACACGCUCCCAUGUUCCAGCGUAUGGACGCGUCCACUCUGCCUCAGGACAUCCUCUGCAGUGCCAAAGCCCUACCCUUUCUGACCCACAGCGCUGGAUCUGCCCUGACCAGAGGAGGGUUUGUAGCCUUGAGGCCUAUCUCCCCCCAGGAGAUGUUCAUGCAGCCCAUGUCCCAGGACCUUGAGGAUAAAGAGGAGGACUACCACCACUAUCACCACUAUCACCACCACCGGCUCCACACUCUGGUUCCGGAGCGCAAAGAGUUUAACCGCAUCCUUUGCCCUACUAACAGGCAGGAUGCCACACUCAAGGUGCCCGGGUGGGCAGUCUCUAUCCGAGCCUCGUCUAUGCCUCAGCUGGCUGUAGACACACAGGUUGGGACAGACAGCAGCACAUUGAUGAAACGCUCCUUCUCCACUAUUGGUGAUCAGUGCGUGAAUGGGCUGUGGCAGGAGGAGUACUCUCUGGAGAGGGUCAGUUCUGACCGUCUGUAUAGACCACGACAGAGGAACAUCAGAGGCAUCAGGUCCAACCUCAGGGAACCAGUGGAUCAUGAGCGGGGGCGCUCCAAAGAGCGGCGCCACCUGCUGUCUCCCGACGUGUCCCGCUGCAACUCUGAGGAGCGGGGCCAGGACCCGUCACAGGAACGCAAGCAGUCCCGUUCCCCCAGCGAGGGACGCGCACAUGUCCACCAUAGACAGGGCAACACUUCAGGCAGCCCAGGCCCGUCUAACUCUGAGUCCAGCACCCCCUGUGGCCGUCGACAGCUCCCCCAGACGCCAUUGCGGCCACGCCCUCACAUCUCCUACUCCCCCCUGAUAUGCCGAGCCCACCCUUCCCCCCCUGCUGUCAGCGAGGGCAGAGCCCGGACCCAGGAGGCCCCUGGAGAGACGGAGGAGCCCUUGUGGAGGGAGGAAGGGGAGAGGCCAGCCCAGGUGGCAGGAGCAGGAUUGGGGGUGGGGGUGGUAGUAGGGGUGAGUGACCCAGGGUUAGGGGUCAGUCACCCACACCCCUCCCCUCACCGGUACAUCUCGGAGCCAUACCUGCCCCUGCACGAGGAGUUCCACAGCCCAGACUCCUCAGGCCUGGAGGAGACUCUGACCUUCGAGGUGGCCAUUGCAACCAGUCUGGGUCGGGCUAACACCAUCAGCUCUGCCCCCCAGCUCAGACACAACUGGCAGGUCCCCAACGGACACAUCCAUAAACGCCUGGGUCAGGCCAGCUCUGUGGCCACCUGCGAGCUCCUGUGUGACACCGACGAGGAUGACCGCUGUUAGGGCCGGGACUGGGAGAGGAAGAGGAGGAAGAUGGACAGCAAAACUGGGUACCAGAGAGACAGGGGUUCUCAGUCUGAAGUACACUGUCAGGGCGUUACUGAGUGUGCAUAUGUCUAUGUGUGUGUUUGUAGGAGUGCAAUAUGUUUGCCAAAUCAAUAAGACAGGGAAGAUAUGGGGAGUGCACUGCUGGCGUACAGUGCAAAAGUUCACCAGUUGCAUUUUGAUUGAUGUUUGAACAAAGUUGAAUAACUGGGGAGAAUGUAUCCUCACUGCUUAGACCUAUGAAAAAUAAGUAUGUUUUAAGUACAGUAUGUAGCUGAAAAUAGCAUGUGAGACUGAAGUAGCAGGAAUGUAUUAAAAUUGUUCUCUUUUCCUCAUGUAAGAUAAGAAGAAAGUUCUCAAUUGUUAGAUCUUUGUGGAUCAUGAUGAAACAGUGAUUGGUGUGUAAGGAUCCGAAGCAGACAUUGGCUGUCACAUCAGACAAUGCUUUAAAACAACCCAGCUAGCACAUUUGGUUGCUUGGAAGUUGUGGCAAUGUACGUUUUGGUCCUGGAAGUGAACAUUUUGUCUCUUCUGGGAAAGUACAUUUUUAGGUUGCAGAGAGGAUCUGAGAACAUUUUACUAUGGUUACCUGAAAGUUUUAUUAACGUUCUGAGAACGUAAAUUAUAGGUAGUUUAACUGUUUUGAACUCCAAGCACAGAUAGGACACAUGGAAAUUCAUGAGGCAUUAAUCAUGCAAACACAUUUAGUUUUUAUUGUGGCACAGCGCCAGUGAGAUUCAAACCUAUAAUCUUCUGUUUUCUAUUCAUGGAAUUAGUCAACUGUGCCACCAGGAUGCAGUUAGCAUGCCAUGUUUUUUUUAACUCAUACAAAGCUGUUAAUUUUUGUCUAUUCAAAAGACCCUAUUUCAAUGGAAACAAGCACUUAUUAAGAUCAGGUGUGGCCCAUUAGUGGGCGUGGCCAACACACCUGAACACACUUAAGAGUAUAGAGAGAGUUUUGUUGACGCUGUGAACAGAAUGUACAGUAAAA